AUGGCGGCACUCCCUCAACCUUCAGGCAUAGCUGCCUUGAAUUCGCAGCCCGCGAAACGAGCUAUCGACGAAUCCAAGAGCCAUACCGCCACUCCUCGGUCAUCCACUCCCCCCCGCUCAGAUCGCACCCGUUUGGAACCUAGAUACAGCCUCGACAACGGACCAACCCGGCCGGCGAGGAACUAUGGAAGAAAGAGCGAAGGCGCUCGCGGAAGUCACCUCGACAUCGAAGCUGUCGACAGUGCGUUGCUACGCGAAUUUCAACGUCCACCGCGGGAGAGCACUCCAGGUGCCAGUCCACAUCGCAAACGGCAGCGGAUAAAUGGCGAUCGUUUCAUUCCAACCCGCACUGGUCAGGACUUGCAGGCAAGCUUCAGUUUAUUACACGAGGAUGGAUCUCCUGCUACCCCCGCAAAGCAAAAGAAGCGCACACCUCAUGGCGAGCUCCAUUUCCAAAAGACGGAGGAGGCUAACCGCACGUUCUCACACUUACUACGUGCUGAGCUGUUUGAGAGCUCUGUACCACAAGCAGCUACCCCAACCCUUUCACCAAACCAAUCUCUCCCCACAGCCUCUCACAUUCCCGCGAAUGAUGGAACACGGGCUCAUACUCCUCCCACAAAUGCUCCUGCUCCAUCACUGCCAUCAUCUUCAUUAACACCCUCGACCCCUCACAAAAAUCUCUUCUCAUAUAUGUCACCGCGACAUCACAAUCAAGUCGCUGGCCAUCCCACCCCUUCUAAAACACCUCAGGGCCGACACGGCCCCAAUCUCGACACACGCGCCGAGAUUUACAGCCUAUCACCAGUGCGGUUUGGAAGCCAACAAAUGCUGCUAAGUCCUAGACGUCAACCGAGAGCAGUCAGCAAGGUUCCCUACAAAGUUCUCGACGCCCCCGAACUGGCUGAUGAUUUCUACCUGAACCUUGUAGACUGGGGUAGCGCAAAUAUCCUCGGAGUUGGCCUGGGCUCCAGUGUUUACAUGUGGAAUGCGCAGACGAGCAAGGUCAACAAGCUCUGCACACUCGAUGACGACACUGUCACAAGCGUCUCCUGGAUACAAAAAGGAACCCACCUUGCUAUCGGCACCGGUAAGGGUCUGGUCCAGAUCUGGGAUGCCGAGAAGGCGCGCAGGCUACGAACGAUGACUGGACACACUGCACGGGUCGGAUCACUGGCCUGGAACACGCACAUCCUCACGUCUGGAUCGCGCGACCGACUGAUCUACCACCGCGAUGUACGAGCCCCUGAUCAGUGGCUUAGGAAACUUGUUGGUCACAAACAGGAAGUCUGUGGAUUGAAAUGGAACUGCGAAGACGGUCAGCUAGCAAGUGGCGGCAACGACAAUAAGCUCAUGGUCUGGGAUAAGCUCUCGGAGACACCGCUUUGGAAGUUUUCAGAUCAUACCGCCGCCGUGAAAGCAAUCUCGUGGUCACCUCACCAGCGUGGUCUACUGGCCUCUGGAGGCGGUACUGCAGACCGUCGCAUCAUUUUCCAUGACACAGUCAAGGGUUCCGUCAUCAACGAGAUCGAUACCGGCAGCCAGGUCUGCAAUAUUGCUUGGUCCAAAAAUUCCAACGAGAUUGUAUCGACGCAUGGCUACAGUCAGAACCAGAUCGUUGUCUGGAAAUAUCCUUCCAUGACGCAGGUCGCUAGUCUUACAGGUCACACCUAUCGCGUGCUUUACCUGGCUAUGAGCCCUGAUGGUCGAACAAUUGUGACCGGAGCUGGUGACGAGACCUUACGAUUUUGGUCCACCUUUGGUCGAAGACCUGGAUCUCGGGAAGACGGCGACAAUGGAGGCCGCCUGGCCGAACUCGCCGUCAUCCGGUAA